CGUCAUGGCGCAGCGCCGAUGCUCCCCCGCCGCCUGUCGCUCUGCCGCGUGGCCGCCCGCUGCUGUCUCGGCCGUGACGCGCGCGCCAGUGGCGAGCCGGUGCAGAACAACGCCGCGAUCACGCGACUACGCCGGCGAACGCGUGUCUUUCUCUGCGGUGCGCGUGAAGUUAACCAGCGCGAGCACCAUAGCGCUAACGUCUGCGCGCCUAUACGCGGCAACGCUGGUGCGCGCCAGUGUGUGUGUGUGUGUGCGUAUAGUGUAGUGGAGUUCAUACGCGUCACGCCUACACGUUUUGCGUGUUUCGGCGUUCGUCGCGCGCGAGCGGCGCCUGGACGCUGCGUCGCGAGUGAAGAGCGCGCAAGCAAGUAAGCGCUCGCGCAUUUCACGGAGCCUGCGUUUCUCGGUGCCCUCUGAGCGCCCUGUUUCAAUAACCCCGUGGCGCAGUACUUGCGAAGCCAAGUUUGCGAACCUUCGUCGGCGCCGAGUUCCCCCCUGCUCGUCGGACGAGCGUCGAGCAUGAUACAGACAUGCGGCAGCAGCCAUAGCGGCGCGGAGCCCGGCCCUUCCUGCGUCGGUGUCAGAAGCUGUGCCGGCGUCUACUGGAGUUCUCCGGGCGACGACUUCAAGUGCCACCGCCAGCCGCCACCGGAACGCCAGGAACGCCAAGAGUACUGCUACCUGAGCUCUCGUGAUGCCUUCAGCCGCCGCGCAUUUCGCCACAGAAACCACUUGGGUCCCGGAAGCCACAGCCGUUGGCAGGCGGCGGUACCUGACGUAGAAGUGCGCGGCGUCCCCGCUCCGGCCACAGCGACGACGACGGCGACGACGCAGUACGCCCGGCGGCUCCCCGUGCCGGCUGCGUCACCCAAGGGGCCCAGCGACAGCUGUCGCGUCGUCGGCGUGUCUCCUCGAGCGCAGCUUGACGCGGCGGAGAGCCGGGCAGCUUCGGGUAUGGCCGCCGCCGCAGUUCUGGCGUCGGCGCGCGGUUGCGACCGCGGCCCGCAGCCGUUGCAGGGAUCCACGACUCCCGAGGCCAGCCGGCGCGUGCAGCGAGCCCUCCUGAAACUGGAACUACCCGACUGGUUCCGGCAGCACUACAGGCCUCCCAGGAGGGAUCCUUGGCUCGGCGACGACAGCGCCGCGGCACAGUGGCCCAAGUGGCGCGCGCUUCCAGGCAAAGAUGCCAAGCAGCCGGCAGGUCUCCGGCCCUCCCAGACAGCUGAGACAUCGCUGCCGGCUGACCGGAGGAAUCUGGUGAUCCCCAAGCGGGUCACCUUUCGCGACAAGGGCUCGUCCCGCAACGCCGUCAGGCCCUGGGUGUACCGAUCGCUACGGACGCCCUACCUGGGCUGGCGCAGCGCGGGACACGCGACGGCCGCCGCGGCGCAGCAGCAAGCGGCCGUCCGGUGACCGACUAUCGCCGAAAAUCUCACCAAUACCUGUCACCAGCACCUCCGCACCCCACCGACUAUAUGUGUAUUCAUCGUCCACUCUGCACAAUGCUCGCGGGAACCAGUCACUCGCACGGCAUGCACUCGCGAUCGCACCGCGGCUGAUUGCGGAACGUCCUACACUUGACAUCGUACAGCGAAUUCCAGCGGCCUUACUGGAGCGCUACCAGUGUCCGGCUUUGAAGAACUCCGCCUGCUGGGUCUAGUUGAUGUACUGCAGUCAACAGAUUGACGUCCGGCCCUUUUAUGUGGAAAACUGACACAGAGGAGACACGACAAGGUGCUUGUCCUGUCUUCUGUCUGUCAGAUUUCGUGUUUUGUAGCGCUAAAGAGCAUUGGUGCCCAACUAAAGCGUGAAUGAAAACCUUAGUUUUGCCUUAGUUUUUCGAAGCCUCUGCGCGAGUGAUGAAAUUUGCUGACAUGCGUCGCUGCAGGCCUCUUACUGUAACGAGCGUAUAGCGCCUAGAACCUCGGAACAUAGAUCACCAUUGUCCCCGUCAACGUCUGAGACUUUGGAGUAACGAAUGAUGUUCGGCGGCCGGAGAAUGCGACCAGGCGACAGGUCUUUUCAGGUCUUUUCGACGCAAUGCCUUUUCAACAUGUAACACGCCGUCGUUGCAGUUCGACCUGCGAUUACGCAGACGAAAAGAAGAGACGAAAAAUAAAAGAACAGGAAUCGACCGUGCCUCGCUUCCUGCGAUAAUUGGUUGUGUUAAUAGCACCGAUAUAUUGAAGCCUCGUGCCUCUCUAGGUACGCACGCGGCCUCGUGGCGACGCUACGCAUCUGCUGUUCCGACGUAUCUCUUAUAGUUUCCUCUCUUGUGCAGAGUAAGUGUUGCGCUUCAUUUUGGUCGCUGGAAACCGCAGUACUGAAAUUGUGUUCGUGCUGUUUUGUUACUAUAAUAUCCAUGUUAUGAAAAGUGUUCUUGAAAGGUAUUUGCAAGGCUUAACGUCUUUAGCGUUAAGGCUUGGCACUUUCUCUAGCGCUCGCUUUUUGAUUCUUUACUACUCACGUACACUGACAAAUGUGUCUCGUUUCGUUGCUUGUCCAUGUCACGUACACAGCCCUAGUCGCGGCUGUCUUGAGCGCGCGACUGGUGCGCUUCGUUGUGUGUUUGCGCCAUCUACACCGGAGGCGCAGUUCGAUAGUAGCUUUGUUUCUUAGCACGUGCUGCCAAACGGGGGAGCCACAUUCACGGUUGCGUUUCUCGCCAGCACCGAUUACGGCUGGAGCACCGGCACUUGGUUACCGGCAACUAUGAAAGACUGGGCUAUUUCGCUGCCUGGCAAUAGCGAAGGCCUGGUUGGUGUGUACGGUGAAGCUGAUGAAGCACUGAUUAAAUGGAGCUGGCUAAAGCAAUGAAAAGCGAGGCUCGCGAUUAGCUUGGUAGCGCGUGCUAAGGUGCAUCUGAUUCACUCUCUCUCCGACAGACGGCGCCGAAGCCCACAGCAACGUAUAGCAACGCACUGCUUUCGCGCUCACGACAUGCGUGACGUGUGCUGCUGCACUGUAGAAAUAAAUGCGACGUCGCAGCCCCGACGUCAACGUACAGCUGUGGUACACGCUUGCUAGGAAAGUUUCGAUUUGGUGGGUUAGAUCGGACAAACCUCCGGUGCAAGUUGAUAUCGCAAAACGUUGCACGCCAAAAGGUGUGUUUUGACAUCUACCUUGAGGCUGUGGCAUGACGGCUGCCAAAAUUCGUUAGGGAAAAAAAAACAAUUAUUGUAGAUGCCAAAAGACGCCUUUUGCCGCUGGCGUUAAGUAACACAACCGUUUGAUGAUCUAUCUGAAUAGAUCUCGGCGGUCACGUCGUGUACUGUAAUUUCAAUGGCGGUAUGUACAGGGUGUUUCAGUUAACUUGAGCCAAAGUUUAAAAAUAUGCAAAUGCCACGUACCUGGACAGAACCAAGGUAAUAUUGUUUCCCGUCGCUUGUGGAUACUCAGAUUAUUUUUUGCAUUCCACCUAAUUGGAUAAUUAGUUCUAAUUAAUUAAUCAACUCCUCAAUUAUUAUAGUUAGAUUAAAAGUGUAAAUGAGAAGAUUGUAGAGCAACAUGAGAAACUCCCGACACAGCUUUCUGUUGCUCAAUACGUGCUACGUAAAAGUGUUUUUCCGAGCGUGAAAGAUGCCAGCAAAUACACGCAAACUUGCCGCGCGACUGGCCGCUCGAGGCAGUUUGCGUGUAUCCGCUGGCAUCUUUCACGCUCGGGUAUAACCAUGCGUCUGAGGCAUAAUAUUUCAUUUACAGGGGUAAGUAAAGUUGCUUAUGGACCUGAAAAUACAAUAAGUGCGUGAUUUUUAAAAAUUUUAUUUCCAACAAUUGUUUUCAAGAAGCCUACAAAAUUCAUUCGAAUCACAUCUCUGUGGAUGAAUUACCAGCCCAGAUAAGCCUCAUUUGUAGAAAAAAUCAAAUCAAGUUAUUCGCUUAAUAAACAAACACCAAUUAACGUUUUAAUUGCCAGCUCUAAGGCACCCAUCUAUAUCGAAAGCUUGAAGGGAAUUGUUACAAAAGUCUAGUUUCUUGUUUCUUAAUUUGAAAAUGGCCUAUGUAGAUCGUUAAUAACUGCCGAAAUAAUUCGUUCGAUUCAACUCAUUAUGUACGCGAUAUCAUGAAGAUAUGAGUGUAUGUCCCCAGCUUACAUUUGACGGAAAUAGGAGCCGGAAGAUUCACCUCCUGGUGAAUUCAGUACUGCAGUAAGAUCUUUUCAUUCGGAUGCGUUGUUAAUUGUUGUGUGACGACGGCGUAAGGUAUAAAUUUUUAGGUGCGUCGCUUAGGUGUCUCGCUGCCAAAAUUGAUCCGUAGUGCGUUUAUAACCAGCAUAGGCCCCUAUGACUUCGUUCAUAGCUGGAUUGUUCUUAUGCGUUCCUUUAAAAAGCAUCGCCGCAUUUCUGUAAGCACGUUGUUCGCCCAUGAUAUAUGCAUGGGGUCUUGAAGAAUCAACGCCCCUAAUUAACGGUGACCUAAGGUCGCAUCAAAACCAUAAUCAGGUGAUGUAGCAGCACUAGCAAGCACAAAGAACUUGUUCUAAGAAAGAAUAUCGCGCAUUGCGUUGAUUACAUAAUGUAUUGAACGUGAUGAAUAGAUGGUGGGACUCAUGCAAUUUAUGCAUUUAUAAACUAAAUACACUUGACUGGUACGCACAAGGUGCGUAUACUGAAAACACGAGGCAAUCAGCUUUUCAGAGCAAGGGGUUCAGUCAAUCUUCGCAUUAUGCCACGAAUAAGUUUACAACUGCACUCUUCCCGAGCUUCUUUCUGCCUCCUCGAAGACAGCCAAUCACUAAAUAGACGUGUAAGUUUAGUGAAACGUAUCAUUGCAAUUUGAACCAUAGCCGGAUUUAGCGAAGGCUAACAAAUAUGAUGACUUUAUCCCUCUCUGCCUUAUCAAAGGGCCUAGUUUAUGCGAGGACGGUCCCUACACGCUGGAGGAGUUACGUUAUAACGUUGUGUCAGUGAUACUUGCAUGUAACGUCAAGCAAGGAUCCUAUAUUGCGUACAAAGCCUGCGAAUGCUAUGAACUAUAUAUGGUUUCGUGCUACUCGACACCGACCGACCGCUUGCGCUUUGCGAGUGUUCUGAACCACCAGAAGUAAAUUAAAUGAUGUUCACAUCUUCAGCCGCGCAGCUAAAACCAGAAGCUUCAUGCAGCCGACCGAAAGUUCCUUCCCUCUUUUUUGACGUGAAAUGUCUUUAAAAUCGGUCAGAGGUGGGUCGCUUGCUGAAUCCGCAUGUAACGAAAACAUGUUAUACCAAUAUUGCUUCUAUCUUUUCGAGAGUACUACCCCCGCUUCUUUCUUUGGUAUCGUUCUGCAGUGGAAAAAAAGAAACAUUACUUGGAUCAUGCAUGCGUCGCGUGCUCGUGUGACACUGUUUUCGCGUCACUGGUGACGCAAUCGGAGCUAAAUUUAGCCUCGCGCGGUGUGUUCAGAGAGGGGUAGCUCGGUAGUACGAUUGUCCAUCCGAGAAGAAAUGGUUGCGUUAGAGAGAGAGCUCACUCCGCCAUGGUAGGUAAAAUCUAGUAAACUCAUUCUAGUCCUCGUCAGAAAUUAUAACGCCUACAAAUGUGCAAUUUGUUGGAGAAAUUUCACGCUUGUUCGGCUAUGGCCACCCUGUGUUCCACACGUACGGUUCAAAAAUGACGUGAAGAGACUAUGGAAGCCAGACAGAGGGUCAUCGAACCAUUUUGACCACGUCCGUCUUCAUAGAGAGCUCAAGUGCAGAAGAUUGAGGCAAGUACAGGAGCCCCAACCAUCUACGAGUACGGUGGCAGGGCUCGAGCAGCGCAGAGCCCUUUCGGGCACCACCAAAAAGGGGAGGGAGGAGGGGAUGGGAGGGGUUCAUUUCCUUAUCCUAUAGUGCCCAAACACUCCGCAAAACAAACGGGCCCACUACGAAUAGAUGCACUGACGUCAUUGUAGCCGCCAUGUUGGUGCACCAACACGAUAAGCUGGGUCCGUAACGUCACGUGAAAGCUUUCAAUAAAAUGGACUGGACUGAAGUGCUCGUAGUCGCCAUUUUGGUGCCCCAAAAUGGUGAUAAGGUGGGUGCGUGACGUCACGUGAAAGCUAUCAAGAGGGAGCGAGCAGAGCACGAUUGCGAAUUUAGACCGUAAUAUCCCCACUCGCUAAAACGUAAGUUAGGCCUCUAAGCUUUCUAAUGCGUGAAUAAAUGUAACUUCUGUAUUCGGUUACAUAAUUUUUAUGUUUUAGUGCCCAUGCACGGCCUGCAGCACGCACAAGACUUUUCACAUACCCCACUGCGGUUGCGUCCCUGAGCCUACAGGACUUUUUUUUUUCUUUUUUCAUCUGCGACAUGCGACCAUGACUACAAGAGAUACGAGUAAGAUAUUAACUGGCAAAAGAGAGAGAGAGAAAAAAAAGAAACUGCUUGCACAUUACUUAAGAAAAAAAAAGCCACUUAGUACGAAAAUGUCAUAUUAGAGUACAAAAAAAAGAAAAGAAAAGAAAGCACCUAUCCGUAAGGCAGAACUUUCUGUCAGGCAAAACAGAAAACUUGGCCCUUGCGCCUGCAGCGGUGGAUCAUCGUGCUAGCUGUACACGGCUUACACAGCACAUUCGCAUGCUUAGGCAAGAUGUUUUGGAAAGAACGUUCUUGAUGCGAUGUCAAAAAAAAAGAAAGGAAAAAAAAGAAGGAAAUUCUCACGAAGCCAAUAUUAUGCGAUUGACUGUAAUUGACGAGUUCUGAUAUCACAGGGAGCAGCUCAAAAAGGUUGCGGGCUGGUUCGCGCAUGCCUCGCCCCCCUCCCCCCCACUUCCUUUGGUUUAAUUACAACAAUAAAAUUUUGAUCCUUAAAAAUUUAAGUCCGUAAUAAAACAUAUACGUCUGUAGGCUAAAUGGCUUUGCAAGAAGUUGAACGCAAAAUAAAUUAGUCUAUACCGCAGACGUUUGAUGUGAAUGAAGCUUCUAUUACGACCAGCCUGCGUUGUUAAAAAUUUGGCUAUAUCUGAUCUCCGGGAAUCUCACCCCGUGACUUCAGUCUUGUUUUACUUCUGAAGGGCAUUGUUUUUACUUCGAGUGCCUAUGGUUGUUUUUGAAGUUGUUUUGCUGCUCUGUUUAGCAUUGCUUAUGUGCACAAAUGAAGUGAUCCUUGUUUUCUGUUCUGUUUUGGCUUUUCUUUUGUACAAGCCCCGAUAUACGUUAAUAAAGGUUUUUAAUGGUU